AUGUUGAAUAUAUAAGAAUAUUCGCCAUAUAAGGCAUUAACCCGUUAAUCCUAAUUCGACCGUGUUACCUUUUGUUGAGCAUGGUUUUAAACAAAAUCAUUUCAACAAAGCACAUUAUGCACUUUUAGCCCUAAGUGAAAUGGAAAAACAGCAUCGAUUCAAAACAUGACAGAAAUUCAAAUGCCGAGAAGCCCAGGCACCGGCUUGGGGCCAAACAUGCUUCCUCCCGUCUCAUGGUUUGAAUUUGUUCUUAAUGAAAAUCUUCUGGAAGAACAUCUCUCUAAGGAUAAUCCAGAACCAGCAGCGGUGCAACUCAUCAUCCAGUUCAUGCAACAGGCAGAAGUUGAAAUGCUGGCCUUGAUCCAAAAUACUCGGGAACAGAAUGCAGCAGCUGCACAAGCCCAAGCACAUCUUCUUCCACCUUCAGAAGUCAAAACAGAGAAUAAUGAACUGGUAGUGGAGGAGAGCCGAAAAGUGAAAGCACUACGAACGCUGGCACUCCGGGUGGCCUGCUAUUUACACUGGGACUUAUCUACCAUGGAAAAAAGUGUACCGACACCAAUAAUACAAGCCCUUUUGAUUGAGCUAUUAAAAAUAGCUGCUCCAGAUUUGAUUGACAACAUUCAUUCUCCAGAUCUCGAGGACACCAGCAUGUCUGAUAGUGCUCUGUUUGCAGUUCACCUAUUCCAUCGAUGGUGCAUUCGGAGCAUCGUUCGAGAUGGGUUUUUUUUGAGACCUCCAAAACAUAGUUUUAUUCCACCGCCAGGCCAAGUUGACCCAAAUGCACUUAUGAUGGCUGCUACAGAGACAAUUAUCAGAAAGUUCAAAGAGCAGCUUCCAUCAUCAAUCAGUUUUCUUGAAAAGUGCUGCCAGGAUCAAAUCAGCGUGAAGAUGGCCACACCUGCUAGCUUCCUUGUUCCCAAUGAAAAUGUCAGUGCCAGUACAGAUUGGCAGCAAGUUGUCCUGGUUUCAGCUGAUGAAGUUAUAUGUCAGAUUGCCUUUGACCUGGGUUCACUUUAUUUCUACCAAGGAGAAUACCGAAAAGCAUUUGAAAAAUUCCGAACAUGUAAACAAUUAUUAACUAAGUUUACUGAGCCUGUGUAUUGCAACAUUUGCAAAGAAAGAUUGAGAGGAUACCUUACCAGCUGCAGUAGUCUCCUUGGGGUCACCCUAGAUAGCCAGGCCAACAGUUUGUUUGAGAAGUCAGAGGCAAGCAAGAAGAAACAAUACCAGGGCAUUGUGAGCAUUCUUUUGGAGGAUAAUCUGAAACAAGAGCUGAGCAUGGCUUAUCGUAACAGUAUACAAGAGGAGGUUGCUCGACAAGGGCAAAGCCAGCUACACAUUCAGGUUUGUCUCUGCAACAUUGUGCGAACUGUACUUGAAGGCAAAGCAGUGGUUACACCAGUGGUUGAAGCACUUAGCUCUGCUGAUGAAGAGAUACUUAGUUUUCUUGUUCAGAUUGUUAGUGAGAUGAUGAAAGGUUCAUCAAUUACUCAGAGGUCAAACCUCAAAUGUUUUUUAUGGCAUCUCGUACAGAUUCUACCUCCAGACAGUGCUCUGCCACAUCUUCUAGUGAACAGUGAUGUAGCAGCAUUCUUCAGUGAUGCUGAGGUGUCAGAGAUGGCUUUGGAGGAUGUUGACUCCGACCAGCUCUAUUUGCAGGACCUGGGCACAGAUGUAGCAGCAAUUCUCAGCUGUACUUCCACUCGAGAGUCCUCAUACAAUGUUAGCGAUGUUGAGGGACAGCUGUUGACUGUGUAUGAACCAUCCAUAAUCCAUGACCUUCUCACUGACCUGUAUGAGAACCGUGGUCUUCACCCUUCACAGAUUAUAGCUCUGAAUGAGAGGUGGAAGGUUCCAAUGGAGAUAAAACAGGUUUUGGAUUACCUGCCUACAGCAGAAGAGUUCAAGCAAGCCUAUGUUUAUGUGCUGAUUGCCAAAGCAAAACAUUGCAUGGAACUGAGGAUCUUUGACCGAGCCCGUCAGCUGCUGAGUGAGGCUGAUUCAGUGGUGGCAGAUCUUUCUUAUGUGCUAUCUAAGCAUGUGAGGUGGCAGAUGCUGCUGGCUGACCUCCAACAGUAUUUCCUGAAUGAGACAGUUGCUGAGUCCUCAAGUGUUCAAGAUCUGGUUAAAAAAACCAAAACCUGUCUGACUUCAAUACGUCUAGGUCAAGAUAUCCAACCUAGCAUGGAGGUGCUGGAAUAUUGUACAGCUUUCCUGCUGAAUAUUCGUGACUGGGAUUAUUUGUCAAAUAUGGAAAAUACAGCAAAUGGAUAUAUAGAGAUGAGUCGACUUAUAGCAUGUGCUUGUAAGGAGAUUUCACAGAUCAAAAAUGCCCGCAAACCAGCCAGGGAAAUGUGGGAAGUUUUGUUGACCGUGUACAAGAACAGUGCUCAGACAAAACGCACCACCACAGGACGAGAAGGGGCCUCUACUCGGGAGUCUCAGAUUGGCAUGCGAGAAAGUGCUUCAAAUCGAGAUUCCCAGAUUGGGGUUCUUCAAAAAAAUCAGUUUUUGGCUUUUAUAAAAAAUAUAAAGGAAGUAACUGUAUUGACUUUGCUCAUGUCUGCCUUUGCAAAGCUGUUUGCAACACUGAAGGAUAAUGUUACAAGUGAGAUCAACACGGAAUACAUACAAUUAUGGCCUACAGCUGUUAACGGCAUGAAUCUCAUGAAUGUGCAAGCAGUGGAAGAUACAUUAAAGACAUUGAUGACUCAUGCUUUGACAGUAAAUCCUUCAAACUCUUCAUGGCUGCGUACACAAGCUGACAUUGCCUUUGCUGAAGGGCAAUUUUCAACAGCGAUCAAAUUUUACCUAGAGGCUGGUGUUGUAGCAACAGAUUUCUUCUCUACACCUGUUCCACGUAGUCUGUAUGAUGAUCAGGUGUACAGACGAAUGAUCAAGUGUUGUGGAUACCUUCAGUGCCACACCCAGGUGGCUGUGCUAUGCCAGUUUCUGGAUGAGACGGACUACAGCGCAGCUUUUAAAGCAUUGCAAGAGCGUAACACGCACGAUGCUAUGGAUGCCUACUACUCCUGCAUAUGGGAUAUAACCAUUCUAGAGUUCUUAGUCCACCUACAUACAAAACGAGGAGAGACAGAUAAACGCCAGUGUGCACAACGAGCGCUAAGUCAGAUGGACCUAAACAGUAAUAAUCCUGAGGAAAUACAGCGCCGUGCUACCCAUGUCCGCAAAACCAAGUUUCUCAGAGCCUUGGCAAAGCAAUAUGUGAUCUAGAGAUGUUUCCACCAAUCCUUUGAUUUUCACCUCAUGCCUUCUCCUGUGCAGUCUGCAAGUGAGAACACACCAUGUAGUAAAUGUGUUGACAUUGUUGUCAUUUUUGGUAGUUAUGAUUAGAAUAUUUACUCUACAUUUUUAAUGGCUGGGUGAAGUGCAAGAUACUAUUUCACAUACCUCCAUCCACUCUUGAGAUAAAAGCCUACAAACAUCCUACACAGAAAGAGGUCAACAACACAGACAUCAAGAUUGUACAAGGAUAGGUUUGAAUUAUAAAGGCCACAGUCAAUGAGAGAGCUUGACCCAUAUGUUAAUUAGGCUUAUCUAUUUACGAAUGUGACAUGAUUUUUGGUCUCUUUUUGUGCAUGGCGAUGUCUAUCAGUAUGUACCUUCAGAACAAAAGAGGGUUAUUCACCGGGUUUGGGGAAAUAGUAUUUUGUGGUGAGCUUUACUCUGUCAUCCAAAAAAUUCAAAAAAUAUCGAAACAAAAAACUGCAUCCUGCUAGACAUUUAAAGCUCCUCUUUUAAUCUGAUGGGCUACAUCACAAUAGGGCAACAAGUCAUACUGUUGAGAUGAUUAAUUAGAAGAAAGCAGUAUUUUGCCUUACUCUUUUUUUUGUAAUUGUGUAUUUGGUAAGAAAGCAGAAUGUCAGACAAAUGAGACAAUCACAAGCAUUUUUACCACAGAUCACACAUUUAAUUACAGGGACUGUACAAUAUGCCAGCAAAUAUAUUCUUGUCAUGCAUGCAUCUGUGAGUAUAGGUCUGAAUAUGUAUACGUGUGUGUAUAUAUGUAUAUAAUGUAUAUACAAGGGUCAGAAAAAAGAGGAUUGAACUUUGAAAUAAUUGAUGUUGAGUUAUGAUAACAGUUGUGUAAUAAAUAAGUUUACCUGUGA